UUGAAAUGCUUUAAAAGGAAUGGACAUCUAACGAGAAGAACUCAGUCGUACAAUUUCUGUUCAACAAGCUGCAGUGAAGUUUUGGAUAUAUUGUGGAAAAGUGAUUUAAAUUCAAGCAAAUAAGCAUCAAUUGAAGAUAACAAUAAGAAGAACUUAAAUAAAUCACCUGAUAAUUUAAAAUAAAAGACUUUGUGAACUUAAAAAAUUGUCUUAAGGAACUGAAAAAUGUCGUGCGAAAUUAUCGUGAAAAAUGGAAAUGGUGAAAAUUACUCGAAUGGAAAUGGAAAAAUUAAAGAUGACAAACCAAACUUCUUCAAUGAGAUGAACUCAUCGCCUCCAAGAACGUCAUCUCCAUGCUUCUCUUAUUUUGGAGAAAACUUUACUUUUGAAAUUAUUGAGGAUAUCAAGAAAUAUUUAUUUGAGAGGACGAAAAUUCGACCAAAAAUUGGAAUCAUCUGUGGAACUGGACUUGGACAUCUUGCUGAGAAUUUAACUAAUGUUGAUAGCUUUCCUUAUGAAGAUAUUCCGAACUUUCCAAUCUCGACAGUUUCUGGUCAUGCUGGAAAAAUGGUUUUUGGAUACUUAAAUAAUGUUGAAGUCAUGUGCAUGCAAGGAAGAUUCCAUUAUUACGAAGGAUAUCCAUUAAGUAAAUGCUCAAUGCCAGUAAGGGUUAUGAAAAUUUGUGGAUGUACUCAUUUGAUAGCGACAAAUGCUGCUGGUGGUCUUAAUCCUUCAUAUAAAGUUGGAGAUAUAAUGAUUGUCAAGGAUCACAUCAAUAUCAUGGGUUUUGCAGGAAAUUCACCACUUCAAGGUCCAAAUGAUCCAAGAUUCGGUCCACGUUUCCCACCUAUGGAUAGAGCAUAUGAUCCUCAUAUUGUGAAAAUUGCAAAAGAAGUCGCCAAAGAAAUGAACAUGGGGAAUGAAAUUCAAACUGGUGUAUAUACUUGCGUAGGAGGUCCAAAUUACGAAACCGUUGCAGAAUUAAAAAUGCUUAAAUUAUUUGGCGUUGAUGCUGUUGGAAUGUCAACAGUCCAUGAAGUAAUAACAGCACGUCACUGCGAUAUGAAAGUAUUUGCAUUCUCCCUCAUUACCAACAUGUGUUACACAGAUUAUGAUGAUAAUGAAGAAGCUAAUCAUGAUGAGGUUGUCAAUAUAGGACUAAAACGUCAAGACAGGAUUACAGAAUUUGUUACUAAAGUUGUGACGGAAAUUAAUCUCGAUUUGAAUAAGAAGCAUUAAAUAAUUAAAAGUAUCCAAACAAUUCCGAAGUACCAGUUCC